UUAUGAAGAGACCGUACAGCUGAGGGAAUUAUGCUGUUUGGCUGCCGCGAAAACACGAGAAAGACGAAGCGAAUAUAAAAUUUAUUGCUUCACGCGAGAAAACAAAAUACUGGACUCGGUGAAUUCUCAUUGCUGUGGGGAUUUCAGGGAUCAAUGGACAACAAGUAUAGGGACGAGGUUCAUGAUUGUGUGAUCAAGCUGAGGGUUAAUCCUCAGAGAAGAAGUGAAAAGGUUUACAUUGGUUGUGGAGCUGGGUUUGGAGGUGACAGACCAUUGGCAGCACUCAAGUUACUUCAGAGAGUUAAAGAGCUAAACUACCUUGUGCUUGAAUGCCUAGCAGAGCGGACCCUUGCUGAACGCUACCAAGUUAUGGUGUCUGGUGGUGAUGGCUAUGAUUCUCGGAUUUCAGAUUGGAUGCAUGUGCUCUUGCCAUUGGCCACAGAAAGAGGAACUUGCAUAAUUACCAACAUGGGUGCAAUGGAUCCACCUGGUGCUCAGGAAAAAGUUCUGGAAAUAGCAAGCAAUCUGGGGCUUAGUAUCACUGUUGCUGUGGCUUAUGAGGUUGCUUUAGAAAAUUCAGGAUUGGAAUCCCCACCUAAACAAUCUUAUAUUAUGGAAGGCGGUAAAAGCACAUAUCUGGGAGCAGCUCCCAUUGUUGAAUGCCUGGAAAAGUAUCAACCAGAUGUCAUAAUUACUUCACGGGUUGCUGAUGCUGCCUUGUUUUUAGGUCCAAUGAUUUAUGAACUAGGUUGGAACUGGGAUGACAUAAAUCAGCUGGCACAAGGGUGUCUAGCUGGUCAUCUUCUGGAGUGUGGCUGUCAACUCACUGGAGGAUUCUUCAUGCAUCCAGGAGACAAAUAUCGAGACAUGUCCUUUCCACAUCUCCUUGAUUUAUCACUUCCUUUUGCUGAAGUUGGUUUUGAUGGAAAAGUAUACCUAGGAAAGGCAGAGGGGAGUGGUGGGGUGUUGAAUUUUAGUACUUGUGCUGAACAACUUCUUUACGAGAUUGGGAACCCAGGUGCUUAUGUUACCCCUGAUGUGGUAAUAGAUGUUCGGGACGUUUCAUUUCAGCCAUUAUCAAGAAAUAAAGUUCUCUGCAUUGGAGCAAAAGCAUCUGCUGAUUCAGUGCCUGAUAAACUCUUGCAGCUGGUUCCAAAGGACUGUGGAUGGAAAGGAUGGGGAGAAAUAUCCUAUGGAGGAUAUGAAUGUGUUAAACGUGCUAAAGCUGCUGAAUUCCUGGUUAGAUCAUGGAUGGAAGAAGUAUUUCCCGGUGUUAGUGACCACAUACUUUCUUAUGUGAUUGGACUUGAUAGCCUGAAGGCCGCUAGCAAUGAUGAUGACACUUCAUUGUGGAAGGCUAGUGAUGAUAUUAGGUUACGCAUGGAUGGACUGUUUGAGCAAAAGGAACAUGCAGUUCAAUUUUCUAAGGAGUUUACAGCUUUAUACACAAAUGGACCAGCUGGCGGUGGGGGUAUCAGCACUGGACAUAAGAAAGACAUCGUUCUUGAAAAGAAACUGGUCAGACGAGAACAUGUUUUCUGGCAAACUGGAGUAAAGCACAACAAGAUGAUGAACUCAAAUAAUCAGGGGGUCGGCAUUAAAGAAGAUCUAUUGGAAAUCCAUGUCUUGCAAGAGCCAGCAUUGCUGCCAAUGGCACAAGAACAUCCCAGUGACUUUUGGUCAUCAGAAAUUGAUCUUUUUCCUGCUCCAUCAGGCCAGAAAAUUCCUCUCUAUAGUGUAGCCCAUAGCAGGACUGGAGACAAAGGAAAUGACUUGAAUUUUUCCAUCAUCCCACAUUUCCCUCCAGAUAUUGAGAGGCUGAAGAUUAUCAUAACACCUGAAUGGGUAAAAGCAGCUGUCUCAACUCUCUUAAACACAUCUUCAUUUCCCGACUCUGAUGCCAUCAAUAAGAGAGACAAAUGGGUUGCUGAACAUGUUAAGGUAGAGAUUUAUGAAGUAAAGGGUAUCCAUUCUUUGAAUAUUCUGGUCCGAAAUAUUCUAGAUGGUGGUGUAAACUGCUCUCGAAGGAUUGACCGGCAUGGGAAGACCAUUUCAGAUUUGAUAUUGUGCCAGAAAGUUGUUUUGCCACCAUGAGUCAGUGGGUUCAGUUAGCCUGUUGGAUUUCUCGUAUGGGGUGGACAUCCUGCAGUUCUCUUGUACCUUUCCUCCUGUCUCUGUUCCUUUGGUAUAUGAUAUCCCAUAUACCUCAAAAAUAAAAAAAUUUCCAUUCAGAAAUGUAUUAGAAAUUCUGGACUACUUCAUAUGAAAAUGUUGUUCCAUCAAGUACAUUAUCCUUUACCCUUUAAUGCAAUGCAUUGGUUUACAAUGUUGAAA